AUGAAGCUGCCCAACAUCCUACUCAUGGGUACACCAGGGAUUGGAAGGACCAUGCUAGGUAAAGAACUUGCAACAAGAACAGACAUUAAUGUGGGCAAUUUAGCCCAAGAAGUAUUGUUAAGUGAUGGCUUUGAUGAAGACUAUGAAUGUCCCAUUUUGGAAGAAGACAGAGUAAUUGAUGAGUUAGAGAAUAAAACGAAAAAAGGUGGAGUUAUUGUUGAUUACCAUGGCUGUGACUUCUUCCCUAAACAAUGGUUUCAUAUAGUUUUUGUGCUUCAAACAGAUAAUUCUGUAUUAUAUUUAAGAUUUGAAAAGAGGGGAUACAGUGUAAAGAAACUACAGGACAAUAUUCAGUGGGAAAUUUUCCAAAUUCUUUGUGAAGCCAAAAACCUCCAACCAUGA